AUGCCCACUAAGCCGCAAAGCCAGUCGCGACGGCAGGCAAACGGCUCACGUGGAUCAUUUGAUAUAUUACCCGACAGCGAUUCGGCAUCGGAAAGUGAACGUGGACCGCACAGGUCUACUGGAAAGCAGCAAAAGCAAAGAACACUGGGACUCGCACGUGUGAACUCCUUACUCCUACCUGCGAAGCGGAGACCACGUCCAGCCAUCCGAAGAGAGACCGAAGACUAUGACAAGGAGAACGACGUGCCAGAAUACGCCACGGAUGGAUAUCGAACUCCAGAUUUAACACCAACAAGGCCGAAUGCCUCACAACCUCCAAGAACCAGGAUGGGUUACACUGCCGCAACACAGCCAGUGAAUGAUCACCAAGAAGAACAAGAGGAGCCCGAAAUCAGCUUGGAAGAAGAAGAUAGUUCUGAUUCACUAGACGGGUUUAUUGUCAGCGACAAUGACGAGUUCAGCUCCUUUGAGACUUCAGAUUCUGAGACGCCCGACACAGAAGAGGAACCUAGCCCGGCUCCAUCACCUGUCAGGUCGCCAAGAAAGAAACUCAUGCGUGGAAGAAGACCAAUACAAGAAGCAGAAUCAAACCCUGUCACGGAUGAGGAACCGUCAAUGGUACCGACGAAGGCGGCGAUAGAACUGAACCGAUCAACUGAGAAAUCCAAGGCACUCGCCCCAACACCUGAAGACUGCACACCAAAUCUCGCAACCAGUUCCAAAUCUACAUCCCCUAUCCGUAAAGCGGAAGUACCCAAGCAACACGUCGAUUCAAGCUAUCUUCUUUAUUCCGGCCUCCAAAACACCAGCGACCUCAUCCAACACCUUGAGGAUCUUGAUCUGGACAGUGACAAUGAAUCUACGUUGCAAACACAGCAAGAAUACCCCAACUCAGAAUCAGAGAAUGAACCACCGUCGAAACUACACCCAAGUCACAAAAGCCUACCACCGGUGACACCGUCGCACGCGAACUCUGAUAUUUCUAUCAAUCGCGCUCGCACAUCGGUUGAUAGUUCGCCGGCAAAGGAUAUUCCCAUGACUAUAAAGGCCAAGAAACAGGCCGAGGCGGCGCGCAAACGUGAAACCCGAGCCCAACUUGCCGAAUUCAACCAAGGAAAGAUCGGCUUUGCCGAAGAGUUCAUCCGACACCUUGACAAUGCCUUCAAUAAACAGAUUGCUCGCAUGACCGAGGAAACCGGCGGCAUCAAGAUCAUCUGGACGAAGAAUUUCAGAAACACCGCUGGCCGAGCAACCGUACGUUCGGAAAAAUUCCUCAGAGGAGAAGCCGGCGUAGAAGAACCCGGGAGACGGCGUUACUAUGCCACCAUUGAGCUCUCCGAGAAAGUCCUAGACACCGAAGACAAGAUCCUCUGCACGGUGACACACGAGUACUGCCACCUCCUCGAUAUCAUGGUCACUGAAAACAGAGCCAAGGGAACGGCCCAGCAUGGUGCCAGCUUCAAGCAAUGGGGUGAUCGCUGCGUCCGCGCACUGGAAGGUCAUCCCAUCUACGGGGGUCGGGUUGAGGUCACGACUAAGCAUACCUAUGAGAUCAACCACAAAUAUAUCUGGGCCUGCAAGGCCCAGGACUGUGAUUUCAAGGUCGGGCGACACUCGAAGAGCGUUGACCCAAAGCGUCAUUUCUGCGGCCGUUGCAGAGGUGGCCUCGAGCAGAUCCAGCCGGUGCCUAGGGCUGUGGCUCCGAGGGCUGUGCCGCCUAGGAAGCCUGUUGUCAAGGCGGUUGUUGCGGGUGAGCAGAAGGAGAUUGUGGUCAUAGAUCCUUGA